AUGGCCGGUCCCAGCUCUCUGCGUUCCCUGGCUGAGGAGGAGGUGCUGGGCGACAUCCUUGCAGCCUCCCAGCAGCUGCGUCCCCCCUUCUGCGCCGGCGGCACCCUCGGCCCGCUGGCCGUCCGGCUGGCGCUGGCGGGGGCGGGCGAGGCGGCCGCCGAGGCGCGCGUGGUGGAGUUCCCUGGCUGCGGGGCGGAGGGGGAGCGCGACCUGGAGGCUCUGUUGGCCCUGUGCGCGCCUGCCACGUUCGGCAAGGGGAAGAAGACGGUGCGGGAUGAAUCCUACCGCUCCGCCCUGGCGCUGCCCGCCGACCGCAUCUACACCCAGCACUUUGAGGCGGCCCACCUGAGCAGCGUGCUGGCGGCCGUGGGGCGCGUGCUGCUGCCGCGGCAGGGCCGCUGCGGCUUCUUCAAGCCCAACCGCGACACGCCCCGCGGCGACCCAGGCUUUGUGGCCUCCCUCGUGGUCUGCCUCCCCGUGGGCCACGCUGGCGGCACGCUGCGCCUCAAGCACGGCAGCCAGAGCACCGAGUAUGAGUUUGGGGCCGGGGAGGCGGCGGGGGAGGUGCAGUGGGCUGCUUUCUUCCCGGAUGUGCUGCAUGAGGUGCUGGCUGUCACCGAGGGCACGCGCGUGGCACUGGCCUACGAGCUCUUUGCCCGCCCAGAGACGGCCAGCGGCUCGCCCCAGCCGCUCAAGGCGCUGCCUGGCACCGCCGCCCCGCUGCUGCGCGCGCUGCAUGCUGCGCUGGGCAGCAAGGACUUCCUGGUGAAUGGCGGCAGGAUCGGGUUUGCCUGCCGGCACGCCUACCCCGCAUCCCUGGUGGCUGGCGUGAACGAGCAGGCGGUGCGGAAAAUGAUGAAGGGCGCUGAUGGCGCCAUGCUGCACGUGCUGGCCGCGCUGCGCGUGCCGUGCACCCUUGUGCGCGUGUGGCAGCACGAUAUCGAGGAUGCCAUGGAUGAGGUCGAGGGCGAGACUGAGGAGGACUAUGCCAGGGCAGAGCGAGCCCUGUUUGUCAGCCCCAUACGCGCCGGCAGGCUGACGGUCAGGGCGGGCGCGCGCCGCCCCCGGCGCGGCGAGGGCGAGUGCGACCCCGAGUUUCUGAUGAAGGACACGCAGGCCAAGCUGGACAUCAGCAUCAACUGGCUGGGCGGGAUGCAGGCCUUUGAAGAGUGGACCCUGGGCACCAUGGGGCAGUUUUAUGGCAACGAGGGCAUGUACACGCAGGAGUUUUACUGCUCGGUGGGGAUUGUGGCCGAGGUCCCCGCCUAA